CUCACACGUGGAACAUAGCCGUUGUUCAACCAACGUCAACCUCUACAAUCUCUCCGAUCAAAACCCUUAUGGCGUCUCCGGUCACCGGAGAUUUCAACUCAACCGUAGCACCAUCCGAUCACCAUCUCACCAUAACCGACUUAAAUCUACCGAAUCCUGCUGAACACAACUUAACUUCCGCUCAAUCUGCGAAAACUUCAAACUCUCAGCAUCAUGUUCUUGAUGCUUCUGCACUGGUUAAACGGAGGAAACGGAAGAUACGGAAGCCCAGGAGAUAUGAGAGUUCUAAAACUGAUGUGCUCAACAAACGGCAGCCGGCGACGAGUAGUGGUGCACUAAGCGAUCCCUCGAGUUCAAGUUUGAGUUUGCCUAAAGAGAAGUCUCCAACUAAAUGCUUGAAAACUCCGGCCCCAAGUUCAGCCGCUAUGAUUCGAGCAAUGGAGUUUCAGAAUAGUCUUGGAACUGACUUCCCUAGCUGUAUAAAGACGAUGAGUAGCUCACAAGUAACCUCUGGUUUUUGGUUGGGCCUUCCACUUCACUUUUGCAAGUCAUAUUUACCGAAAGAAGACGCUACAUUUGUACUAGAAGAUGAAAACGGAGCACAAUGUGAAGUCAAAUAUAUCGCAUACAAGUAUGGGCUUAGUGCAGGGUGGAAAAGCUUUGCGCUUCGACACAAUCUGACUGAAGAAGACAUUUUGAUUUUCCAAUUAGUAGAAAGUACAAAAUUUAAGGUUUACAUACUUGACGUCAAUGAGUCAAGUGAUACAGGUCUUGCUCUUAGCCUUUUAAAUUUGGAAGCACAUACAGAACAUGCGACUCCAGUUACCCCGUCUCCUAAAACGAAGAAAAAGAAGCAUCCAGAAUCUCUUGAUGUAACUGUGUCCCGAAAAAAGCACAAAAAGUCUGUGCCUUCUUCAAAAUCUGUCCCCCCUAAUGGCCACCACAUCAAACAUUCAGGAAAUAAUAGCAAAGAGGGCGGUCCAGAAGUUCGAGAAUGUUCCAUACCGUCCGAUCGCCAUCUUACUUUCCAAGAAGUCAAAUCCUUUCAAGACUUCCAUAUCAUAGUCAAAGGGGUCUGCAUCGAUCACGAGCUUCCCCAUGAUGUCAGAAUGGGGUACUACAAGCUAUGCGUUUAUAACAAAGAAUUCCUUCAUGAUGGUGUUUCUGAAGACUUGUAUGACACAUUACCACCAGGUAUGAUUGGUCAGAUUGUAAGAAUUGCUGAUGAGAUCAAAAGAUCCAAGAUCACCACCAUAACAAAAGAAGACUUUGAUAGAUGGGAGAAGUCCCUGAAUUCUUUUGAGCUUUUGGGCAUGAAGGUCGGUUUUUUACAUGAUAAGGUACAUACACUUGCAACCCUUACGUUUGAAUCAGAAGCUGCAGUGUAUAUAAAGCAGUAUGUGGAGGCAAGAAACCAACAUAAACGUGCCGAAUAUGAGAUCAAGAAAGUUGCAGCAAAGCUAAAGGAGUUGAAGGAAGAGGCUGUAAAGUUUGCUGGGAUUGCGGGUAGUUUGAAACACAAGGUUGAGAAGUAUGAACACAAGUUUCAGGAGGAGGUUGAUGAACUGUGAGAGGGUAGGCAGGCUCUAUCAAAGAGUGUUAGCAAUGUUUUCUGCUCAUGAUAAACUGUAAUCUCUAGACAGUACAACUUAUGACCCGUGAACUAUAAUUACUGAAUUUGUAAUCCUUUAUUCUAUGACAAGUAGUAGCUUUUAUA